CUUGAUGAUUAUGUUACUCUUUGUCUGCCGUGUCACUAAUUUCUUAGCCUGGCCACAGCAGGCAGCAUCUUAAAAACCGAACAGCAGCCGGUGAGGUGUCAAGUUCUUCUCCGCCGCAAUGUUUAUUUACAUUAAACAUGGAGAUAAUAACCAGUUUCUGGUUAACACCAGCUGUCCAACUGUUGUUCUCAUGGAAUACAUAAAAACCAGGUUGGGACUCGCUGAGUCAGAGCUUGUAGACCUGUGUGAUGAACGAGGACUGCUGAAAUUCCUCUUCCUGCCUCAGAAUUCACAGGAAUCUGCUCGUGGUCUGCUAAAGGCUAAAGAGUCAUUCAUUGUUUGCAUUAUUCAGCGUACAUCUGAUGGGGCAUAUAACUCUGUCACAUCUCUGUUAUCCGGGGCCGACUCUGCUGUAAUAGAGACCCUGCAGACUCAGAUUGAGCAUCUUGAGAAAACCCGUCUGAAGCAGCUUCAUGUUGUGAAGGCUCGUAUGACUACAUCAGAGGAAAUCAGUGCUCAAACUCUGUCUACUAAAACUACUAAAAAGCGCAAGAAAGUCACGCAUGCAAAUGCCCCUGAUGACGAAGUCCAGCACCACACGGGGGACAGGAAGAGCAGGAAUUAAACAAAAGCUCUCACAUCCCAGCAUUCAGCGUUCAUUCUCGUUCUUGAUCAUUCAUUCAAAUUAUAGACGUGUUCAUCAGAAUUGCUGUGUUUGUUUUCAAACUAUUUAUCUUUUUACUUCAAAAAAGAUAAAUAGUUGAUUUAGGAAAGUUGCUACGUUGAUUUUGUAACACAUAAAACUCAGGGACUAUAUUUUCCAGAAGGAUGGACACACAGGAACGAAUUUGAUAAAGCAGUGUUUCAAUUCAACUGUCUGUCUGUCUGUCUGUCUAUCUAUCUGUCUGUCUGUCUGU